AUCGAUAUCGAUCAGGAACUUAUUAAUCAUUUAUCAUCCCCAAAAUCAACAUCAUCGCUCAUGAUGAUGCCCUCACACUCUCACUAGGAAUAGUCGGUAGUCACUGCUCAGGUCACUGGACAGUGGACAACCCCUUCUUCCCCCUCUCUCUGGUCUCUGUACAGGCACGCACUCAGCCUUGAAGUAGAGAUUAAAAAUGGCCGUAGCAUCUGCCAGUUCCCAUUUUACCCCUCUCAUUGUAGCUUAUUUACUUCUCUGCACCUCCACUCCCAUUUUAGCAAUCAAUAUCACAGCGCUGCUUUCGUCCUUCCCGGAACUAUCCUCCUUCUCGGCCCUCAUCUCCAACGCACCCUCCGUCGCCUCCGAUCUCUCCCGCCGCACUUCUCUCACCCUCCUUGCCGUACCCAACUCUUACCUUGCUGCCUCUGCGGAUUUCACGCGCCGCCUCUCUCCAUCGUCUCUGGCGGACCUCCUCCGCUACCAUGUCCUCCUUCAAUUCCUAUCUUGGUCCGACCUCCGCCAGAUCUCGCCGUCGGGAACUCUUGUCACCACUCUCUUCCAGACAACCGGCCGCGCCUCCUCUAAUUUUGGCUCCGUCAACAUCACCUGCAAUCCAUCCACAAAUGUCAUCACAGUCCACUCCACUGAACCCUACUCACCUUCAAACGCCACCGUUUUGUCCCUCGUCAAAACCCUUCCUUACAACAUCACAAUCUUCUCUGUCAAUUCCCUUCUCAACCCGUACGGCUUCGAUCUAAUGGCGUCGGAUACAAGACCCACUCCUGGCCUCAACAUCUCCAAGGCUUUAAUCGAUGGUCAUGACUUCAAUGUUGCGGCGUCGAUGCUGUUGGCCUCUGGCGUAGUCGAUGAAUUUGAGGCGGAAGAGGGUGGUGCCGGAAUAACUAUGUUCGUACCAACUGACGCUGCAUUCUCAGAUCUGCCAAGUUCGGUUAAUUUACAGUCUCUGCCUGCAGAUAAGAAAGCUAUGGUCUUGAGAUUUCAUGUAUUGCAUUCGUAUUAUCCACUGGGUUCGCUUGAAUCGAUAGUGAACCCGCUACAACCCACAUUGGCUACAGAGGCGAUGGGGGCUGGGAGUUACACGCUCAACAUUUCGAGGAUAAAUGGAUCUGUGACCAUUAAUACGGGAAUCGUGCAGGGAUCAGUGACGCAAACUGUUUUUGAUCAAAAACCAGUUGCCAUUUUUGGCGUCUCGCAAGUUUUGUUGCCAAGAGAGAUUUUCGGGAAGAAUCCCGUCGUGACGACGAAGCCGAUAAAUAUCUCCCAGUCGCCAGAGAUAUCACCGUCCCCGGAGAGUACCCCUGGACUGGACGGAUCGCCAUCGCACCUGUCCUCUCCACCUGGUUUUCGUGGCGAUGUUCGAUCUUGGGGAGCUCGGAUUGACGGUAUGCGGAGCUUCAUUCUUGCUCCCUUUUGUAUAGGAUUGUAUCUAUUGGUAUGAGUUUCAAUUACUUCGCUUCAUUAUAUAUGGGAAUUUUUCUUCUUAUUUUUAUACGAUGACGAAUUGAAUUUGGCUAUAAGAGGCCGAUUUUUUUCCCCUUUUUUUUGGUAGUAAAUUGUUGAUUCUGUUAUUUUUUCAAUAAUCUAUAGAAGAAACACCCAUUCUUGUUUC